AUAACACCAAACACUUCUCAACAGGGAUAACACGUUAUUAUUUCAUUGUGCAUCCAACCGCAGUUCGUAAAACACGCUCGAAAUGUUACGGCUACUCAUAUUUGGAUUUCUGCUAUCUACGAUACAUACAUAUCCAGUCAAUGACGAGGAAUUAAUUGGUGACGAUGAAACGAAGAAAACAAAAGAAAUUGAUGACUUAAAACAGAUAUUAAACGACCUUUCAUACAUAAAUAACUUUAAAAAUAUGAUGGCGGAUUACGUAAAAUCACAGUACAACGAUUUAACGGUACAUGAUAUGGAAAAAAUUGAAGAGUAUCUUGAAGAUUUCUGUCACGAAUUCGCGAAAGAUUUGAAAAAUAUACUCGAUAAUGUUGAUAAUUUCAUUGAAAUCGAAAAAGUCAAUGACGGUCUACCGGAUUCAACGUUUGCGGAUGUAACAAAUUGUAUUAAAAAUGAACUGCCCAAUAUCAAAGAUGAAACGGCCGAACGAGUGACGAACGUGUUGAGAAAGAAUAUAUACAUAACAAGGCAGAAAAUUGAUGAAGUUAUACGAAAUUCCCAAGCAGCGGCUAUUCAAAACUCUUAGACUUUAUAAUAAAACGCUACAUAUCUCUAACGUUUUACGGCGUUGUUACUACGAGUGAAAUAAUUGUUAGGCCUGUGCUUAUUCUAAACACUCUGUAUUUACAAUUUUUUUUUUAAUUAUAAUCUUAUUUUUUAA